AUGGAAUCAAAUAACUUUGAAACUAAAUCUCUAAAGCAUAGAGGGAAGGAUGAGAAGAUGACGAUUAGAAUGAAUCAGAAUCAAAUUAUUGUGGUGAUAGAGCCAUCAGAUUUAUAGUCAGCAAUGAAGCUAUAGAUCGAAUAGAUAAAGGACAAAGCAGCUAAUAAAAAUUAUAAUUGGGAAAUCUUCGAUAUCAAGCAGGUAAGAUAGGUUACAUAACUAAGGAAAUCGGAGCAGGUACAUUUGGAUAAGUAUUUGCAUCGUUGGAUUAAAAGACAGGGAAGAAAUAUGCUCUAAAAUUUAUCGGCUAUGACGAUGAAAGUGAUUAGGAUCCUGAAUUUAAGGCAGCUGUCAGAGAAAUUGUUAUUAUGCAAACAUUAUCAUAAACUAAUUGUCAAGGGUUGCUUAAGAUUUAUGAUAUUUAUCCAUGCAUAAAGGAUGAUAACAAAUACCUAGUGAUCGUAAUGGAAUUGUGUGAUUGCAAUCUAAUGGAGCUCCUAAAGGUACAUUUCCUUUUAAUAUUUCAAGGUAAGAAUAGAAGAGAAUAAAACAAAAUGGACUGAUGAAGAAUUGCUGUACAUUUUAUAUUAGUUGGUUGAAGGUUUUGUAAUUAUGAAGAAACAUAAUGUCACUCAUCGUGAUAUAAAACCUUAAAACAUCCUAUAUUGUUAAGCAGAUAAAUCUUACAAAAUUGCAGAUUUAGGAGGUGCCAAAUUCCUCAAGCCUAAAUAAGCUUAAUUAAAUACUGUUCGUGGAUCUCCAGCUUAUUGGGCUCGUAAUUAAUAAAAUAUUAUUUCUUUUAGCUGAGAUUUAUUUUUUUUGUGAUUUACAAAAAGACAAGGAAGGUCGUUUCUUUGUGGGUAAAUAACAUUUAAACUAUGAUCCAUACACAUCUGAUGUCUAUUCAGUUGGAAUCACAUUCUUGUUGAUGCGCAAACUAAUUCCAAGAUUAGAUAGAGAAUCAUUAAAAAUUGAAGUUGAAAUGCUAAGGAAAUUGAAAUCGCCUUCAAUUUUUGAAUAGAUACUGAUUAAAAUGUUAGAAUAUGAUGAUCAGAAGCGUGUUUCUUUUGAAGAAUUAUUAUAACUCAUUUCCACUUAUAAAGAUUUAUUUAAGAAACCUAAUGAAGAUGUAUUCGUAAACUGUUUGAAAACAUAAUAAGAUAAAAAAGUAAGUUGAUGUUAUUUAAAUUAGAAUUUGAGUGCUUAGGAUCUAAUGAUGAGAGAAGUCAAAUUAGCAGAGGCAUAUGAAAAGUUGAAUUUGCCUGAACAUGCCAAAUCUCAUUAUGAAUUAGCUUUGAAAUAUGCUAUCAAAUUAUCCAAAGACAGUGCUAAGGCAGAUAUUAUGAAUAGUUUAGGAACUGUCAAUUGUGAUUUGGAGCAGUAUGAUGAAGCUGAGAAGAACUUUUGUGAAUCUGUAGCUCUCUACAAAAAGUUGAACGGUGAUAAACAUUCUUCUGUAGCAGAUGGAUAUAACAAUUUGGGGAUUGUUAAAAGAAAAAAAGGAGAGUUUGAAAAGGCCAUUAAGCAUUAUGAAUAAGCCUAUCAAAUCAAAGAGUAGAUAUUUGGAGAGAACAAUUUAGGAGGAGCAGUCAUUUUAUAAAACAUUGCAAUGGCACAUAAGAAAUUGAAGAAUUACGAUCAGGCUAUCAAAUAUUUUAAAAGUGCCUUGCAAAUCAAAAAACUAUUAUGUGGGGAUCGCAGUCCAAUCCUUUGUUCAACUUAUGAUAAUUUGGCGAGAGUUUAUUAUGAAAAAUAACAAUUUGAUAUGGCAAUCUCAUUUUAUUCGAUUACAGCUGAAAUCUAUAGAAAACAUCAAUAAUCCAAUUAAUAGAGAUUAUCUGACACUCUGUUUGAAAUAGCCUUGUGUUUCUAAAAAAUUGGUAGAUCGGCUGAAACCAUAAAAGCAGCCCAAGAAUCUUAUAAUUUAAGGAAACAAAUUUAUGGAUAGUAUGCUAAAUAGACUGUGAAAAGUUAGGAAUUACUAUCUCAAAGCCUUCUUGAAGAAGGUAGAUAUGAAGAGGCACUGUAACAAUACAAUUAACUGAAAUAAUUUUAUCUUGACAAUUUAGUCAAAUGUACUGUUGAUGAGAGAUUUGAUAGCAUGGCUGAUAUACUUAAGAAUUUAGGUGCGUCUUAUAUGGGAAUUUAGAAAUAUGAUAAAGCUUUGGAGCAUUAUAGAGAAGGAAUAGAGUUUCUUAUGAAGAGAAAUGAUAAUGAAAGUACAAGAAUGGCAAAAAUAUACUAUAAUAUGGGAUUAGUUUACAGAAAGAUUAAAGAUUUUAAAUCUGCUGAAUAGUUUUAUUAAACUGCUGCAAGUUUAAUUGCUAAUAGUAAAUCUGCUUCAGAUUUGAUUACUUUAGGAGAUAUCUACAACAAUUUUGGAGUGUUGUAUGGAACUUAGGACAAAUUUGUCUAAGCAAAGAAAUACUUUUAAAUGUCAUUAGAACAUUAUCAAAAGGUACUAGGGCCCAAUCACAGUAUAUGUAAGGAAGUAUAAUUGAACAUUAAGGAAUUAGAAAAGUGGUUAGCAAAGUGA